CAAUCUUUAAGCACGGAUCCUCUCUCGAUGAUAUACUCUCUCCAAAAACUCCUUUGUUAAUGGUGAAUUGGCCCAUGUUUUCGUCUUGUACUUAUCUUUCUCUGUUUGCAAACAAACAAACAAGGUGAGAGUUGAAACAUCCUAAGCUGGAAAAAUGCUGAAACAAACAGUUCAAAGGUUGGGAGGAUGCAUAUCAGCAUCAAGAAGAAAUGGUGAUGUUCAUAUGAAAUGGAAGAAACACUUAUUUGGCAAUUGGGUGAGAAGCAUGAGCAGCAAGCCCCAAAGUAAUGACAACAGGUCAACCUCGUACAGUGUUCCAAAGGAGAGAGUGGAGUGCGUAGUGAUAGGGGCUGGUGUUGUUGGCAUAGCAGUGGCAAGAGCUCUAGCACUCAAGGGCAGGAAAGUGUUGGUCGUAGAAUCAGCCCCCACCUUUGGAACCGGGACCAGUUCCCGAAGCAGUGAAGUUAUUCAUGCUGGAAUCUAUUACCCUGCCAAUUCUUUCAAGGCAAUUUUUUGUGUAAGGGGAAGAGAUAUGUUAUAUGAGUAUUGCUCCCAGCAUGAUAUUCCACAUAAACAAAUUGGUAAGCUUAUAGUGGCUACUAGAUCUUCUGAGAUUCCAAAGCUAUGUGAUAUUUUAGAUCGUGGGAUUCAAAAUGGGGUUGAUGGUUUGAAGAUGGUGGAUGGUGUUGAUGCCAUGAAAAUAGAGCCUGAAUUGCAAUGCAUGAAAGCAAUACUAUCACCUGUCACUGGGAUUGUUGAUUCUCAUUCAUUAAUGCUUUCUUUAGUGGGGGAAGCUGAAAAUCAUGGAGCAACCUUCACGUACAAUUCAACAGUCAUUGGUGGCCAUGUCGAAGGGAAUGAUAUUUGUGUUCAUGUGACAGAAACUGACCGUCUUAAAGAAUGGAAAGGAACAUCAAUUUUGCAUCCAGAACUACUACUAAGUUCUAAACUCAUUGUGAACUCUACUGGCCUAAGUGCCCCUGCCCUUGCAAAUAGAUUUCGUGGCCUAAAAAGUGGAGUUGUUCCUCCUUCUUACUAUGCACGGGGUUGCUACUUUACCUUAUCUAAUACUAAAGUCUCUCCGUUUAGACAUUUGAUAUAUCCUAUACCAGAGGAUGGUGGCAUUGGAGUGCAUGUUACUAUAGACUUGAAUGGUCAGGUCAAGUUUGGCCCAAAUGUUGAAUGGAUUGACAGUGUUGAUGAUAUCUCAAGCUUUCAGAAUAAGUUUGAUUAUUCGGUGAAUCCAAAUCGUGCUGAACGAUUUUAUCCAGAGAUAAGAAAAUAUUACCCAAAUCUGAAGGACGGUUCUCUGGAACCUGGAUAUUCAGGGAUCAGACCUAAACUUUCGGGACCUUCACAGCUACCUGCUGAUUUUGUUAUACAGGGAGAGGAAAUUCAUGGAAUACCUGGUCUUAUUAAUCUUUUCGGAAUAGAGUCACCUGGUCUAACAUCAAGCAUGGCUAUUGCAGAAUUUAUCUGUACAAGAUUCGUGGGAUGAUUCAAGCAUAAAGCGAGAAACAUGAAGAUAAGACAACACUGAAAACCAUAUUGUUGUCAUACUUUCCUGUUUGGUUUAGCUUACUUUUAUGAGAGUUUUAAUAAAAUAUUUUUGCAGCUGAUAAAAUUUAUCAAAAGGGCAUUUAGUCUUGCAGUUAUAUGCUAUAAUUGAGUACACCUUGAUUAUAUAAUUGUAUAAUUACCACAAAUAGAUCACAAAUUAAAGUAUAUUUAUAGUAAAGCUCAAAUUGUAAGCCAAACUUGUCAAAAUGUAUUUAAGAAGAGAAAAAUAUUGGUAGAAUAGAAUAGAACCAGAUGAAGAAAACUGAUUGCAUCAUACCGAACUACUCGGAGAAAUUAGCCACCCAACUUUAUCCAACUCAAAGAUUCAAGAGUAAACAGUAUAAUUGUGAUAGCAUGAAAAAGAAUUGAGAAUUCAUUGCAAAGAAGAUAUCAAAAGAUGGCUGAAUUAGUUCUGCGAAGCUGUUGUUUGGGCUCAGGUGGUGGCACAGAUGGCAAUGCCUUCUCAAUCUCCUGCAACAAGGAAAAUCAUUAGCCAUCCCUAUUUGAAUAAACUUCUCAACCAGGUAAAUCUUGAACAAACAAGAACAGACUAAAACAAUCUUUAAUGGAUUUACAAACUUUUCAAGAGUACUUAUUCAAGAAAGUAAGAUGAAAUGAACCAAACCUUUUCCAUGAAUUCAAAUCAAGCUCUAUAUUUCAAAUACUAUCACAAUUAUACUGUUUACUCUUGACUCUUUGAGUUGGAUAAAGUUGGGUGGCUAAUUUCUCCGGGUAGUUGGUUGUGAUGCAAUCAGUUUUCUUCAUCUUGUUCUAUUCUAUUCUACCAAUGUUUUCCUCUUCUUAAGUACAUUUUGACAAGUUUGGCUUCCAAUUUAAGCUGCACUACAAAUAUACUUUAAUUUGUGAUUUAUUUGUGGUAAUUAUGCAAUUAUAUAAUCAAGGUGUACUCAGUUAUAGUAUAUAACUGCAAGACUAAAUGCCCCUUUGAUAAAGUUUAUCAGCUGCAAAAAUAUUUUAUUAAAACUCUCAUAAAAGUAAAAUCAUCCUAUUGUAAUGACAGCCAUUCCAAAUGUUCAAGUUAUGAGGGAAAGGCAAGUGAGUUAUGUCCUGCUUCAAGCUCUAAGAUCCUGAAGAAGGUUCUAGAUUAUAACAAGUUAUAAAUAUUUAUCCUGAACUGCUGUGAGUUUUCAAUAAGAUGUAAGUAUAACCAUAAUAUGUGCAUUGUGUUUAAAACUGUAGAACACUUCAGUUUUUUUUGAGGGAAAAAAAGUUGUGAGCAAAUCCAUCCUCCAGAAGAUUCAGAUUGGAGUUACUGCCCUGUGGUUUACAUUUUUGGGGUCUUUUCAUUGAAGUUUUCCCUUAA